AGUCUGAUGAGGAAAUGGCCGUCCACAAGGUGUCCCGCCCCCCCCAGGCGGGAAAACCCACAGCAUGGCGACCGGGGAGAGCGAUGCGGCAGCUGCAGAGGCGACCACCCCAGGGCAAACUGCAGAUGGAGGGACGCGACCUGCCGCCGAUGCCUGAAGAGGGGCCACAUCGCAGAGGCCUGCAGAGCCACAGAUCCAGCCCCGGAACCACCCAGACCACGAUUCCGGGAAAAUCGCAAAGAUAACCAGAGGACAUCCAAACGGUCCUCAAACCAGUCCCGGCGCGGGGAGGAGGAAUAUCCCCGCAACAGAACGGUGCACCAGACCACCACCAUUGCUCACACAAGCGACGAGGGAACCACGAAGUUCCACGUGACGCUGCUAGCAGAGGGGUCACCAUGCAAGAUGGAGGUAGACUCUGGAUCCGCCUACUCCAUCAUGGACUGGCAGCACCUACAGCAGCUGAACCCGGCAUACAAAAGGACCCAGCUGAAAAACCCGAAGGCGAGACUCGUGGACUUCAACGGGAAUCCCAUUGAAAUCCUAGGCAGAGCCACAAUCCGGGUGAAGUACAACGACUUCAACGGAAAGCUACCCAUCACCAUUGUACAGCACAGCCGACCAAACCUGUUGGGUGUGGAGUGGUUCAAGCCGCUGGGACUUUCACUUCAGGGCAUCCACGAGAUCCGCAGGGACGAACUCGACUCCAUCAUCGAAGAGUUCAAAGAAGUCUUCGAUGGUAAGCUGGGGAAAUUUGUGGGGAGGCCAAUCUCCUUUAAUCUGGACAAGGGAAUCACCCCAAUCAGGCUCAAGCCCCGCCGAGUUCCAUUUGCCCUGCGGCCCAAAGUAGACGAGCAGCUGGAUAAACUGAUCGCCCAGGGCGUCCUGGAACCGAUCGAUCAUGCCUCAUGGGAGACCCCCAUUGUGACCCCACUGAAGCAUGAUGGGUCUGUGCGCAUCUGUGCUGACUACCGUUGUACCAUCAACAAGGCGUUGGCACAGAGCGCAUACCCAGUCCCAGUGGUGCAACAUCUGCUGCAUUCCCUGGGAUCUGGAGCAAUUUUCGCGAAACUGGACCUGGCCCAGGCUUACCAGCAACUGCCAGUGGAUGACAAAACGGCGGAGGCUCAAACAAUUGUCACACACAGGGGGGCAUUUAAAUGCAACCGCCUCCAAUUUGGAGUCAGCGCUGCCCCUGGCAUCUUCCAAUCCAUGAUGGAACGCCUUCUCCAAGGCGUUCCAGGGGUGGUGCCUUACUUCGAUGAUGUGCUCAUCUCCGGUGACUCAAGAACCCAACUCCUUGAAAGGCUCAGGCUUGUCCUGCAGCGGUUCAAGGCCAAGGGUUUGAGGGUCAGGCGGGACAAGUGCAUCAUAGGGGUACAGGAAGUCGAGUUCCUGGGCUUCCUCAUUGAUAGCACAGGCAUCCACCCCACCAAAUCAAAAGUGGAAGCAAUCCAUGAAGCUCCAAGCCCAAAAAACAAAACGGAGCUUCAGGCUUUCCUUGGGUUGCUCAACUUUUACGCCAUUUUCUUAAAACAGAAAGCCACAGUUGCUGAGCCACUCCACCGCCUGCUGGGAAAAUCGGCUUCCUGGAAGUGGGGCCAGGAAGAGGAAGCGGCAUUCCGGGCCAUCAAAGGACUAUUGACGUCCAAAAGCGUCCUCAUUCAGUACAGCGAGACGCUCCCCAUCAGACUGACCUGCGACGCGUCGCCUUACGGGGUGGGGGCAGUCCUCAGCCACGAACUGCCCAAUGGCUCGGAAGCCCCAAUCGCGUACUUCUCAAAGACUAUGUCCGGCGCAGAACGGAACUAUAGUCAGCUGGACAAAGAAGCCCUGGCCAUCGUGGCUGGAGUGAAGCGCUUCCACGAAUACCUCUACGGAAGAAGCUUCACCAUAGUCACAGACCACAAGCCUCUCCUGGGACUCCUCGCAGGCGACCAACCAACCCCGACCUUCAUGUCCCCAAGAAUGACGAGAUGGGCAAUCUUCCUAGCUGGCUACUCCUAUAGGCUCGUGCACCAGCCAGGCACAGCCAUAGGAAACGCUGACGCCCUCAGCAGAUGCCCGUCGAAGAAGCCGGUCGAAGACCCAGCCCCCACGCUCCACCUACUGCACAUUGAUGACGACGCCAGCUGCCCGGUGUCAUCCGCAGAUGUGGCCGUCCACAUCCACAAGGACCCCACACUCCGCAAAGUGAAAUCCUGGAUCCUCAGAGGGUGGCCAUCGGGAAAGCCAGAGGAAAGGUUCAGCCCGUUCGCCAGGAAACAGGAGGAGCUGUCCACCAUGAAGGGCUGUCUGCUAUGGGGAGACAGGGUGCUGAUUCCAAGCACUCUGCAACGGCGAACGUUGGAGACCUUGCACAAGGGGCACCCGGGCAUCGUCCGCAUGAAGGCACUGGCACGGAGUUAUGUCUGGUGGCCCUCCAUGGACAAAGACAUUGAACAAUGGGUCUCCAGAUGUGACCCAUGCCAAGAAGUUCACCCAGCGCCGCCGCAAUCCGAGGUCGCGAAGUGGGAGACCCCCAGCAACCCCUGGUCGAGGGUCCACAUUGACUUCGCGGGUCCGAUGCAGGGGCGACACCUCCUCAUCGUGGUAGAUGCCUUCUCCAAAUGGCUCGAGGUGGUGCCCAUGGCAUCUACCACAACGGACGCGACGAUCCGAGCCCUGCGCCGUCUCUUCGCCACUCAUGGUCUACCGGAUGUGCUGGUCUCAGACAACGGCCCCCAGCUCACAUCCUUGGCCAUGGAGUCCUUCCUGGCGGGACUGGGCAUCCGCCACGCCCUGUCCGCCCCUUACAGGCCGGCCGGAAACGGACAAGCGGAACGCAUGGUCCGACUGACCAAAGAGGCCCUCACCAAGAUGGGCCCGGGGGACUGGCAAGAGCGCAUAGACAAUUUCCUCCUCACCCAGCACAUCACGCCACACGCCACCACCCACAAGAGCCCGGCCGAACUGUUGAUGGGCAGAAGGUUGAGGUCACCCUUGGACCGGCUGCACCCCCAAUACAGCCCGGAAGUGACCGCAACCGCCAGCCGCCCGCUUCGCGCCUUCAGCAACGGAGAUUCAAUUUUCGCGCUGAAUUUCAGCGGCUCUCCUAAGUGGCUGAAGGGGAAGAUUGCCAGCACAACCGGCCCCAAAUCCUACAUCGUCGAGUUGGAAGAUGGACAGUUCGCGAGACGUCACAUCGACCAACUCCGAAAAAGGUGGGGGGGGAGCGCAUGAAAACCAGCCUGACGAGGGAGGCCUACAACACCCCGAUGAGGUAGACCUCCAACACCCCAGCGAGGUAGGCCUACCACACCCAGACCCGGUAGGCCUACAACAACCCGGCGAGGUAGGCCUACGACACCCCGACGAGGUAGGCCUACCACACCCCUGCGAGGCAGAGCAGCACCACCCCGGCA